CCGUGCGGCUAAGAGCGCGUGCUCGCCCUGCCUCAUUUCCUGUGGCUAAGACUCGACCGUGAGAGAGAGAGAGAGAGAGAGAGAGAGAGAGAGAUGGGUUCCUGAUACCGAAACGCGGAAAAGCAGGGGUGGGAGAGUUUGAGGGAGAAAAAAGAGAGAGGCGGAGAGAACAGGGAAAUUUUACACUGACAGAAGCGUCGGGUAAGAACGCGAAUUUCUGAAAUCUUUUGUUUCUCACACUUUCACGCUGUAAAAAUUGAAGCCCGACGCGUCGCCAGCGCUCGAACCCAGAACUCAUGGGUUAACAGAACCUGUCCAGAAGACACAGCCACUCAGUGAUCCAAUGAACAACCGUAAGGAAGAUAUGGAAAUCGCAUCACACUACCGGCAGCUCCUGCGCGAGCUUAAUGAGCAGCGGCAGCAUGGCAUCUUGUGUGAUGCGUGUGUGGUUGUGGAAGGUAAGAUCUUCAAGGCACACAAGAAUGUACUGUUAGGCAGCAGCCGCUACUUCAAGACACUCUACUGCCAAGUGAAGAAGGGAACAGAGCAACAGGCUACCAUCACACAUCUGGACAUUGUGACAGCACAGGGAUUCAAGACCAUUCUGGACUUCAUGUACUCUGCACACCUGGCACUCACCAGUAAGAAUGUUAUUGAGGUGAUGUCUGCUGCCAGCUACCUGCAGAUGACAGAGAUAGUACAGGCAUGUCAUGGCUUUAUCAGGGCUGCACUAGACAUUAGCAUUCGUUCUGAGCUGGCUGACAUGGAGCUGGCCAAUAUAGAGAUUAGUGGCAUGGUUGGCACAGGAACGGGUACAGCUGGAGGAGCCUCUGAGGCACUGGUUUCCAUGAUUUCAGCUCGCAGCUCCUCGCCAUGGCUGGUACGUCGUACCAGUCCUGCCAACUCAUCAGGGGACUCAGCAAUUGCCAGCUGCCAUGAAAGUGGCAGCACCUACAGCAAGGAGGAACAUGAGACAAAGAGCCAUGAGGACCCAUGGCCGAAUGACUAUCGCUCACUUCAAGUCAAAGAGGAGCAGGGAUCACCAUCCACUGCUCAGGACAGGACCAGCCAAGAGGCACAGGGAACACCCAUAGAGCAGAGCAAUGGAGGUGAAGGUGGCUGGCAAGCACCUGGUUCAAGACGUAGGAAGAACCGAAAAAAUAAGGACACAGUCAGGCACAUCACUCAACAGAAUGAGGGCAGUAGUCAUGGAGGUUCUCCGAUGCCUUCCAUGAUUUCCACAGCCAGCUGGAGCUACAACAGUCAGGCCGACAUUCCAGGUGGAGAAGAGGAAUGGAAGAGGAGGAUGGGGAGAGGAAGAGAUAGAGUGUUGGGACAAUCAGACAGCCCAGGAGCAGAUGAGGCUGAGCCUAGUUCAGAUACCCGAGACCAGCGGAUGGACUUUUUCAUGAAGCAGGAGGAAGCACUAGCUGGCGAACCAGGCUUCCAUGGCUCCUCAUUGGCCAGUGACAGGGAGGAGGUGGUUGGAGAAAGUCAGGAGCAAGGUGGUUCUGUGGCCAACUUGCGUGCGGCGCUAAUGAGCAAGAACAGCCUGCUGUCUCUUGGGACAGAGAUGUUUAGUGAAGAAAAUACCCUGCUGUUUGACUACUUGCCCAAAGGAGGACAUUCUCUCUCCCUAAAUGACUUCACAGUGAUCAGGAAGAAAUUCAAGUGUCCAUACUGCAGCUUCUCAGCCAUGCACCAGUGCAUUCUGAAGAGGCACAUGCGCUCUCACACAGGCGAGAGGCCCUACCCCUGUGAAAUCUGUGGCAAGAAGUUCACCCGCCGCGAACACAUGAAAAGGCAUACCCUGGUGCACAGUAAGGAUAAGAAGUAUGUAUGUAAGGUCUGCAGUCGAGUCUUCAUGUCAGCUGCCAGUGUAGGCAUCAAACAUGGCUCCCGUCGCCAUGGGGUUUGUACAGAGUGCUCAGGUCGUGGUAUGGCCGCCCUGCUGGACCACAACGGUGAGGAGGAAGAGCUCCUCUACCCUGGCAAUCACCGUUUCCCUGACGAUGGUGAAGAAGAAAUGCUCCCGGAGGUGGAGCUGAUGGAGGAAGCAGGCGAGGAUAGAGAGAGCACAAAAUGGCCAGGUAACUCAGGUAUGGCACACCGCAAUGAAGGUGUCACAGAUGAUGCCAAGGAGGAGAGUGAUUCAGUGCAAGAGGGUGAGACCAGGGCAGGCAGUGAUAAAGAAUUUGCAUGGAUUUCCUAGUUGUGCACCAGGAGUCUGGUCCAUCCCAAAGCGCCUUCUGACAGGCAUGUGCCAGUCUGAAGUUCCAGAGUCAGAUCCCUGUGUGUAAAGGGAGUCACACACACACACACACACACACACACACACACACACACACACACACACCAGUCCUAGAGAUGAAGAUUUGGCAGGUAAAUGAGAGAAGGGAAUCCUCUCUACAUGCUGCAACGUGUGUCUGAGCCAGUGUUUGCUUCAUCUUCUUUCAUCCUAUGGACCAGAUGAGUUGGGAUGUUGGUGUUUUGUAUAAUUUAUUUCUGACCAGAGAGAAUAAAAGUGUCUUGGAUGUUACUGUUAAUCAAUCAAACUGUGUUGAUGGCUUGGAGAAAGGAUGCAUAUGACUGGCACAAUCUCCGUACGCAGUCACCACUGGCUGCUGUCUUAACUAUUCCAAAUCUGGGUAUAUCAGUUGACUUUCUGCAGUUUUGAGCACAUUGUUUUCUGCAAACAAAAACUGCCACAGACUUGCACUUUAAAUAUUGACUGUCCUGUCAAUUCCUUGUUUUUGUGGUUUACAUUUUUAUUCCAAUUUACAAAUAUGGUGACCGCUCCUACCUUUAAAUAUACAGUUCCUCAAGACUGUUAUAUAUUUGUGCAGAGUUUGAUGAUUAUAAUGUAUGUUUUUUAAAUAUUUUCUUUCUUUGCCAAUUAUGUCUUCUUAAAUCAUGUGCAAAUAAAAACAGGAAUGCGUAUAUUUGAUGAUUUUGUGUUUAUAAAAGACAAUGGAUAGAAAAGGGAACACUAUGCAGAAAUAAAUUUGUCAGCUGUAGUUCUAAUUUCUCCUUCAAAGAAGUCUUUCAAGGAAGUGAGAAUGAGAGAGAAAUAGGGGUUGUGGUUGAUAUUUGAAUUAAUUGUAAUAUUACAUUUUUUUAUCUUUAAUAUUCCCAUAUAACUUACAUUCCAUGUCUCUUAGUCAGGGGAAAAGGCUAGAUUUAUUAAGAGAAUAUCCAGUGAGAGGUGGGUGAUUGUGUGUCUGUGUAAAUGUCUGAAUGUGAAUAGCACGUGUGAGCUAUAUAGGACCCCAAAGUUGUGGCAUUGUUGAAUAUGUGAAGCCAAUCAAAAUAUUCAUAAGUCUUUACUGCUAUUGAUAACUUUUAAUCUUUCUCUGAAUUGUCACUCAGAGUUUACUGUAUUUUACUUUUUUCAUUCUUGUACCUAAUUUCACCUUCUGCCUCUGGAAUCUUGAAACCUCUGUAAUUUGUUACAUCUGAACUCAAAAUGUAUGCAUUGUUUUUUGUUUUUUUUUCAUAGAUCACACCAGAUGUUUGAUCUUCUGUGAUAUUUCUUUUUAAUAUCUCUCCUUCUUCUUUUUUUCCAUUCCUCUUUAAGACUGUUUUCCCUUCUAUGAUUGGUGUCUAUUUUGUUAAAAACAACAAACUGUGUAAAAGGAUCGUGUUGGAAAUACCUUAAGUCUGGCGCAUGCUUUAAGUGAAUUUUGUCUGUUUAUUUUGUUUGAUAGGUUAUUUAUUAACCCUACGAUUAUUCAUCUAUUUAGAUAUUUCCACCCUUCUGUUAGUCUCUAGCUUCAAAAGCACAAGCAGUAAAAAAACAAAGAUUUGUGAAUGUCUCUUUUCAGUGUUUGUGUGUUCUUGCUAUGAGUACCAAUUAUUAUUAUUAUUAUUAUUAUUAUUAUUAUUAUUAUUAUUAUUAUCAUCAUCAUCAUCAUCAUCAUCAUCAUUAAGUGCUGGAUGCUAAGCUUUAUUAGGAAUUUCAUUUAGCUACUUUUUCCCUCUUGAAUGAGAGCAUAAACUCUCAUUUGCCUUGUUUGUGGGCAGUUAACUGUGUGGCUUUUUAUGAUGAGUGCCAGUUGCAUUUCUACUUGAGAUUUUGAAUGACAUUUUGUUUUCAUGAAAACAGAAACCUGCAGCUUGGCUAACUCUUGGUUAGAUGUUGUCAGAGAGAGAUAUACUGCACAUGUUUCUUUAUUACUGACAUACACUAAAGUAAUGAAUAUUAUACCAAAAAAUCUAUUUAGUAUACUUUGUAUACAUUACAUGAAGUGCUUUUAUUUCAGCAGUGUGCAGGUGUGAUGCUUUGAAUAGUGGAUUUCUUUGUUAACUUAUCUUUUUUUCACUAAUUCUAGAAUGCACAGAUAUUUGGUGUCAUUAUAUGAACUAAAAGGUGUUUUACGGUUUGUUAAGAAUUUAGCUUUAAAAAUGUUGCCCCUAGAGACCUGCUCAGAGUUUCAUUAAUAUGUGCUAUUGUAUGUUUUCACCUUGGAUGUAGAGGUCUAAGACCUGUUACUGGCGUGGGAAUUAUGGGAAUUGUACACGUAAGUGAGAAUUUGUAUACAUUUGUGGACCUUAAAUCCCAUCAGCCAAAGUUUUGGCUAUCUAAUCUAAUGCCUCUAAGACUGGGAUAUGUUGCUUGGUUUUCUUUGAUUAAUUUAUUGUGAUCCUCAACUUUAAAUAAAAUGUACAAAUCUUUUUAAAUUAAUAGAAAGAAAUUGGAUGACAUCAUUUGGACCUGGCUUUUUAUCAGGAUAUUUCUCAAAUGUGCCUAAAUGUAUUUAUGUGCAUAUAUAUCAAGAUGUAACUGAAGUGCAGACUUUCAGCUUUAAUUGAAGGGGUUUACAAAAAUAUUGCAUUAACCCAUUAAUUACAUUAACUUUUUAGGAACUAUAGCUCUUUUUUUGCGGAGUCCCUCCAUUUUCACAGGCUCAAAGGUAAUUGGACAAACUAACAAUCAUAAAUAUUAGGAUUAUUUUUAAUACUUGGAUGCAAAUCCUUUGUGGUCAAUGACUGCCUGAAAUCUGGAAGCCAUGGACAUCAAAUGCUGAGUUUCCUCCAUUGAGAUGCUUUGCCAGGCCUUUACUACAGAAAGAAACCUUCAGUUGCUGCAUGUUUGCUAACUGUUUCUGUCUUUUUGCCUUUAAUGAGUGAAAAUCUUGCUCAAUUUAGUUGAGGUCAUUGGACAUUUAAAAACUUUUUUUUUUUUGCCUUAAGAAGCCCUUGGUUGCUUUAAUUAUAUGAUUUGGGUCAUUAUCCAUUUGUACUAUUAAGCACUAUCCUAUAAGUUUUGUGGGAUUUGACUGAAUCUGAGCAAAAAUUGUAGCUCUAUACGCUUCAGAAUUUAUCUUGCUGACCCAGUUAAAUUGAAACAGCCAAACAGCUCAUCAGUCAAUUGUCCAAUAAAUUUUGAGCCUAUGAAAAUAGAGGGACUCUGUAAAAAGAAAUGGCUAUAAUUCUUAAAUAGUUAAUGCAAUAUUUUUGUUAAACCCCUUGAAUUAAAGCUGAAAGUCUACACUUGUGUCUAAAUGUGUCAUUGUCCAAAUACAUAUGG